AUGCCUUCAGUGAGCGAGCGGGGAGGACUCAAUCUUGCUGGUUCAGUGUGCGACCAGCCUCUGUGUGGGUGGGACGUGCCGCGCCUCGCUCCUCCAGUUUGACUCUCCUUGCCAAACUCAGCAUCUCUCAUCUCCCUUGUGGCCUAUGGUGGAAAUUAUAAUGGUGGAGUUGAAAACCAAAGUUCGGGUAACCACAUUAUGUUUCUGCAACGGGACCAUUCACCACCACCACACCACCACCAACUCCACCACACCACCACCACACCGUAGACGCAUCCUUCUUCCACCACCCGCACCACCCCCAACACCCCCAACACCACCAGUAUCACCACCACCGGGCCAAGGAAAGAUGCCCACCCAUGCCUCGAGGAUUGUCAGAAAGUACAGGAAGUCUCGGUUGAAAAGAGUGAAGCGGCAGGAGUUCAAGAAGCUGAGAGAUAUGGUCCCGGCCUUACAGGAGAAGCCAGUUGUGACCAAGGUGGAGGUGAUCGAGGAGGCCAUAAAAUACAUUGACCAACUCCACUCCGCGCUCAUUGAGAGAUUCAGAACCAGAGGACUCCCGCCAACACUAAGAGACCUUCCACUUGAGGCACGCGAAGUCCACGGUGGAAACAUCCGAGAGGUGGUCCGCCGUCUGCUGGCCGCUUCCACGCCCUCACCCACGCCCACGCUGCCGCCCCCCGCCCGUCUAGAGAACGCCCGCGCCCUUCCGACCUUCAUCCAUAAGCUAGGGAAGGCGCGGCGGCUCUAGGGAAGGAAGGAACGAAGGAAAGAAGGAAGGAUUUUAGAAGUAAGAAAGUGUGAAUGAGUGACCCAGAGAGGAGAAAGGAAAGGAAAGGAAAGGAAAGGAGAGAGAGAGAGAGAGAGAGAGAGAGAGAGAG